GUGACAUUUCCAGUUUCCAGAGUUUGGAUUGGAUACGAUUUUCGUUUUAAAUUUUUCAUUCUUGUUGUGUGGUGUCUUCGACAGUGAAAAUACAUAAUUAUCGUUUUAAUUAAAAAACCACAUGCAAAAUGUCCAGUGCCGAUAGGAUUGAUUUUGAAAUGGAGGUGGAAGUGGAAAGCGCGUCAUCAGGGCCAGCAGUGGAUCCUCCGAACCCAACAUCGCCGGCGCCACCUGCGCCUGGCGGCAAGAAUGUGGUGGUGACCACAGCUACCACCGGCUCCGUGACUGUCUCCUUGCACCCACUUGUCAUCAUGAACGUGUCUGAACACUGGACGCGCUUAAGAGCUCAAGAAGGAUCCCCUCAGACUGUGGUUGGUGCUUUGAUCGGCAAGCAGAAGGGCCGCAAUAUUGAAGUAAUGAACUCAUUUGAACUAGUCUUUAGUGUCAUUGAUGGAGACAUUAUUAUAGAUAGGGAUUAUUACAAUAUGAAGGAGGAACAAUUUAAACAAGUGUUCUCGGACAUGGAUUUCCUAGGAUGGUACACCACAGGGGAGGCCCCCACAGAACGAGAUAUAGCAGUACACCGACAAAUUUGUGACAUCAACGAGUGUCCCGUCAUGCUGAUGCUCAACCCUGCCGGCAGAAAUGGAGAUCAACUCCCAGUGGUCCUGUACGAGUCUGUGAUAGACGUAGUAAAUGGUCGGGCGACAAUGCUACUAGCUCCACUUACAUAUACUUUGGCUGCUGAAGAAGCAGAGAGGAUUGGAGUAGACCAUGUUGCAAGGGUGUCUUCUGGAGAAGCAGCACUCAAUAGCUUGGUUGCUGAGCACCUAACAGCUCAGCGCUCCGCCAUCAAGAUGUUGGUGUCUCGCGUGCGCGCGGUGCUAGCGACGGUGCGAGCGAUCCGCGACGGCACACUACCGCCCCGCCCCGCCUUGCUGCGCGAGGCGCGCGCACUCUCCAACAGACUGCCGCUACUUACCUCGCAGCAGUUCCGGACACACUUCUAUAACCAAUGCAACGACGUAGCACUGAUGACGUACCUAGGCACAAUUACAAAGGGCUGCAACGCUAUCAACCAGUUGGUCAACAGAUUCAACGUGCUCUACGACAGACAAGGCAUGGGCCGCAGGAUGCGCGGCCUCUUCUUUUAGGGUGGAAACUAAUAUAAACAUGGACUAAGAGAGUAUAGGGUGAGUGGAAAAUGAAGUGUUGUAACAUAGUAACGCUAUUUAAUGUGGACUUAGAAUGAGGGUUUUCAUCAUAUCUCCUUUUGAGGCUGAGGUAUGUCGACUCUGAUCGACUAGACGACGAUUGCCUGAACUUACCUUUAUUGAGUCACGAGUCUGACUUGCCUUAACUUUAAAUUCAACAUGGAGCAACUGGUUUGUAAGUGUAUGUUGUUACGGAAGCUCUCGUUUGAAAAACCAUGACGUCACAGUCUCUGUUAAGUGGGCAGCAGCGAAGUCAAUGAAAGGUCUUGUCCAGCUUAUAAGUGUUCUAAUAAAAAAGGCUGUAUUGCACCAGCUAGCGUAGAAUACUUGUUUGUAGUACUCGUGCCGCCUGGUUGGUUGAAGGCGGCGAUUGCCUAUUGUUUCGUUCUAUAAAGUCCAGAUCUUAAUUGCAAUUUGAACGCGUUAUAAAUGUACCGAUUUUGUAGUUUGUCAAAAUUGUCUGAUAGUGCAAUACUUAUGGCGAUUAGACACUUUUACGGCAACAUUUUCUUUUAGACAUAGCCGUAUUUAUUUGUGCACUGUAAUCAUUGUGACAAAUGCAUUUAAUAUCCGUGGGUGUUGGUCUUAUGUUAUAUGAAAUAUUAACGCCAGUUUAUUUCCUUUUUGUACUUUAAAAAUCUUACAUUUCGGAAUAAAUAGCAAAACACUACGAAAUAGCCAACUAUCGACAGUGAUAUCGAUUCCAUUGAUAACGUUCGGUAGUAUGGCACUACUUUAUUUUUACUAUUAGUUUUUACUAUUUUCAAGGUACGGUUAGUUAGGGAACCCUCUAUGAAACUGUAAAGAUCAACACUCAGAACAAUUUUUCCAUUAAUUCUAUCUCUGAAACGAACAGGCCGCUUUUUAUCUCAGAAACUGGAGAAGUAAUUUAAUUUUUCAUUAUUUCUCCUUAUUGAAAACAACUCCAUAUUACCUCUAUCCCUAAAAUAAGAAGGUCAUAAGUGCAUUUUGUUACUCCAGAAUUAUAUUUUGGUGAAGAUUUUUUCGAUAGCAUACCCAAUUACGUUAAUGGGACUGAAUUUGUAAAUGUUUAGUUUUAGGUACUUUAAUAAUAAAUAAUGUAAUGAAGUAA